UAAGAAAUGAUUCUCCUCGUCAAAACAGUUCUCUAUGGUUCCUUUGUAACUCAUUAUUUGACAUCAAGCACGCGUGCGCAGUAUGGCGACUGAACAGCAAGCUAACAAUGGUCCUUCGCCAUCUACACUUGAAGAAGGUCCUGCACCAAGAAAGGCUUCAGAAGCUCUUCGGAAGCUAUGGACACCUCGAGCACUGGGCUGUGCGAUUGGAUGCCUUCUCGUCAUGAACUUCUUCAUGAAUUUCACGGUCUACACACAGAAUGUCUAUGAACCCUACGCAACAAGCCAUUUCGACGGACACUCCCUCCUCGCUACUGGCUCUAUCAUCAAUGGUCUUGUUAGAAUUGUGGGAUACCCACUUCUUGCAAAAUUGGCCGAUCAUUUUGGUCGCCCUCAAGGUUUUGCAGGAGGCGCGCUUUCCAUGGCCCUCGGCAAUGUCAUGUACGCUGCCUGCGGGAACGUGGGAACUUUCUUGGCAGGUGGUAUCUUUGACUCCUUUGGUGAUUCAUGGUGGAAUAUUUCCCAGCAAAUCUUCGUUGCCGAUGUUACUAGCCUCGUGAACAGAGGAAUUCUCUUCACCCUACCAGAAUCACUUUCCGCUAUUCCCACACUGUACGCAGGAACUUACCUGGGCGAACAUAUCCUGACAACUUCGACCUGGAGGUGGGGCUACGGGAUGUGGGCUAUCGUCCUGCCCGUCACUGCAAUUCCCACCAUCGCCAUCAUCAUGUGGAUGAGCCGUCGGGCCAAGCGAAUGGGCUUAAUCCACGAACAGGUAUCAUUGAUGCAAGGCGCACCUUCAGGCAUACUCGGCAAGGCGAAACACAUAGCCAUCCAUCUCGAUCUCCUCGGUGCUCUUUUGCUCAUCGGGGGUCUGGCUAUGACACUUCUUCCCAUGACAAUUGCAGGACGAAAGAACACUGACAGAUGGGAAAAGCCGUCGUCUAUUAUACUCCUCAUCAUCGGUGUCUUGACAUUCAUCGCGUUCCUAGUUUGGGAUGGAAAGUUUGCGUCAAACCCUAUCGUGCCUUACCGCACCAUUAGGGAACGCAACGUUAUUGUUGCGUGUGUGUCCGUUAUCUUCAUCGCCGCAUCCGACAGCAUCUACCGACCUUUUCUUUCCAGCUUUCUGCAAGUUGCGGACCAUUACUCGCCUGGUGCUGCGACGCGCGUGGACAACGCACAGCGUGUUGCGUAUAAUAUCGGCGCUCUAUUCUCCGGUAUAUGCCUGAAGUACGUCAAACAUACCAAGCCAUUCAUCAUCCUGGGCUUUUGUAUGAUCAUUCUCGCAUCUGGACUACCUAUUUACCUCACCAAUAUCAACGGCACGCAUAUCGCUAGCGAAGCCGCUUUCAUUACCUCCAAGUCGCUUCUCGGAGUGGGACGCGGUCUUGCUCAGGUCUCUUUGCAGGUCUCUCUCCAAGCUGUUCUCGAUAGCGAGCAUAUUGCAGUUGCAACCGCCGUGUAUCUCUCUUCCCUAGGCUUCGGAUCCAACAUCGGAACGACAAUCAGUGGCGCAAUUUGGAACUCUCUCCUCCCGCGCAAACUGAAUGCCUACUUCGAUAGUAAGGAAGCUCGAAAGAUCUUUGGCUCCAUCGUAGUUGCGAGGAAAUAUGCCGUCGGCAGCCCUGAACGUGACGCCAUUAACGAAUGUUACCGCCAAACGCAGCAAACUCUGGCUAUCGGCUCUGUCUGUGUAUCAGGCGUUCUUCUGAUCCUGGCAUACUUCGCUCGAAAUGUCAAGCUAGGUGAGGAAGAUAAAAGGAGAGCGGCCAAGGCAGACGAAGAGUUGGCGUAUGCGAUCAAGAUGCAACAGGACAAUCAAAUAGAGAUGCAGGCUAAGUGAAUAAGGUGCCAUGCACUUUG